AUGUCACCCAGUCACCAGGUCAGUUGGUUGCUGAAAUCGAAGCGGUAAGCAGGCGACUACGACCGAACGGUAUCUAACUUACCUGAGGGUCGCUUACCUUGUAGUUCCCUGCGAAGCUGCAGUCGGAGUUCCAUUUUGGAGAUAUCGAGGCGACUAUCCUUCCCAUUUCCGGCGUCUCAGAUCGCCUUGGUUCUCAUUACGUCCUCUUUACGUCGCAUCCUGACGAGAAUGCAGUCCAGCAGCUGCCAACACCGCGAUCGUUGGUGCAUCCAGGUUGCCUUCUUCCGCAUCGGAAGACAGAAGAAUGCGUUGGUUGGCAGGAGACGGUGGUCUACGCAGGUUCGCAGGAGCAGAGGAUCAUUACCCUUACGGCCGCCGAGACCAUGAGGACCCAACACUCCCAGGCAGCGUGGUAG